ACUCAAUUAAAUUAAAGGAGUUGCUUUUUCUGAAGGAAAGAACCAACUACAAUUCCACGCCUUGCAUUUGCCUCUGCCUCACCCAACGCUCAAACGGUACCAAACAUCGUUCUGUCUCUGUUGACACCCUCAAUCGAAAACCUAAUUUUGCAAAAGAUAUCAUGGGCGUGAGAGUUGGGCUCUUAUUUCUUCUUAUGUUGGGUGCUGGCUGGGCUUGUGCUGCUAGACAAAUGGCUGACACUGAGCUUUCUCGUAGAAGCAUGGCGAUCUCUGAGUUACCAGCUACACAAAUGAGAGACCAGGUACAAGAAAAGGAAAAUCAAGCUUCAGAUGGAGUUAUCAAAAAUAACCAAGUAUGCACAUUGUGUGAGGAAUUUGCUACCCAAGCACUUGAUUACCUAACUGAAAACAAGACUCAGACUGAAAUUGUUGACAUCCUUCAUGGGGCCUGCUCUAAGGUCCAUUCUUUCAAGGAACAGUGCAUCACUUUGGUGGACUAUUAUGCUCCUCUCUUCUUUCUGGAGAUUUCCUCCGUACAACCUGCAGAUUUCUGUAAAAAAGUCAAUCUCUGUCAGGAAAUAGUAUUGAUUUUCUCAAAACUCCAAGAAGACAAAUGUGGAAUUUGCCAUCGUGCUGUUUCAGAAGUAUUAAUUAAGUUGAAAAACCCUGACACACAGCUUGAGAUAAUCGAGUUGCUUCUAAAGGCAUGUGAUUCUUUGGAGAAGAAUGCAGCAAAGUGCAAGAGGAUGGUAUUCGAGUAUGGUCCUAUAAUCAUUACUAAUGCAGAACAGUUUCUGGAAACCAAAGAUAUAUGCACUAUGUUACAUGCCUGUGAUUCAGCUAAACCUAAUAGCGAGGAAGCAGCAACUGUGCUAAAGGCUGAUUCAUAAUUAUGGCAGUAGAGAUCAAAGUGGAAUGAAAAUUAAUGUACUGUGGACUCAAUCUUGUGAAAAUUCUUCCGCUCCAAGCGUGUGUACGUGUAUGAUAGAAUAUCUAUACCAUGGUCAUGCUAUUGCUGUAAUUAUAUUGUAACUAUGGUUUGAAAUUAAUAUUUAAUCAAUGGAUUUGGAAGCUUAAUUUUCUGCUC